AGGCGGCGGGGCGGGGAAGGGAGGAGGCGGCGAAGAUGGCGGCGGUGGGGAGAGCCGGUUCCUUCGGUUCCUCCUCGGCAUCCGGCGCCGCGAACAACGCCGGCGCGGAGCUGCGGGCGGGCGGCGAGGAGGACGACGGGCAGAACCUCUGGUCCUGCAUCCUCAGCGAGGUGUCCACGCGCUCCCGCUCCAAGCUGCCCUCGGGGAAGAGCGUCCUGGUGCUGGAGCUGUCUGUGGCUGCGACCCUUCCUGCUCCGAGUGGUGCCUUAGAACUUCCCAGCGAGGAGAAUGCUGUAUGGGGAUUAUGGGGCUGCCUGCUGAACCUGUUACAGAACUUCUUGCCCUCUGAUUUGUUGCUUGUUACGUGAUGUAACUGAGUAGGCUUUUGAGAUUGGAGGUUCUGCUGAUGUUAAAGAAAGAUUGCGUAGUAAUUGAGAGCAUUUUAUGUGAUCCUUUGAAAUUAGAUUGGAUAGCUGUUCUUGGUGGAGUUGGAAGGUUUCUUCCUUCCAGUAGUGAUCCUUGCCAAGAAGAUUACGCUGUCUUUCUCUCUUUGUAGCGUGGUGUGUGGGAUACUGCUAAUCUUCAGUGAUCAGCAGUGUGAGUCUGUGUUUCCUUCAGAGCUUGAGGGCAUCUUAGAACGGUUUCAAACACUCAUUCUGUUUAUUCUGUUUGUUUAGUCUCUUGUGUAGAGAUACGCUGUUUAUUUCUUUAUGUAGAGCUCAUAGGAUGACUAAAUCAUAGAACCAUUAAGGAUGGAAAAGACCACUAAGACCAUCUAGUCCAACCACCAACCCACUCCCACCAUCACCA